GUCAAUGUACCCAUCACGCCAUUGCAUUUGUCUGGUUGCUCGUCCACUCCAAAUAUGCUCCUUGAUCAACUGCUCACACAAGGCGGUUGUUUGAAUCUGAAUUUCGAGUCGUUAGGCGGGGCGAUUUUUAACUGCACCGUAUUGAGUGGACAGUCACGAAAGUAUUUACUCGCGCUGCUAUACUUCGCGACUUACUUUCUGCGAUACACUUCUUUAUCAUCGUCCAAUGAAUCGGUUCCAGAUCUAGGCAAAGCUGAUUUGUUUGAAUUAGAACAUCNUCAACGACGACGGCGNGCGGAGGCUGCAGCUCAAAUGACUGUGGCUCGGGAGACAAAUGCCGCAGCUGCCGCAGCCAUGAACAAUACAAUCCAGCCUUCGGGUCUUCCUAUUGGUCCCUGCGCACCAUCCGCCGGUGCUCCCCGAAAAUUUGUGGAAGACCAUCCGGACCAAUGUGCAUGCAUCGCGAACGAAUUGUUUCCAGAUCAGAAUUCACUACUCACCACAAACUCAUCGUUCCCGUUACUACCAAGCCAUCUGCCUCCGAAUAGUCCCACCGGUCCAUCCCUGUUUACUUUUCGUCCCAUAUAUGACAGCACACCAGCUUUGCCCACCGGUUUGUCCUCAUCGCAGACCUCUAGUCCGACAAACGGCAGCAGUCCUCGGAUCAGUGCCGCCUCAGUCGGAGCAUCUCACUCGAGCCAGUCUGAACUGGCUCGUAGUGGUCAACUAUUUAGUAUGGGUCGCCUUCCACCGUCCUCCGCCUUACCCACAACCGAUCUCGCCUACCCGUCAUUCGAGCAAUGCGCAAUCCGCUCAGUGACCAAUCACAAUUUGAUUGGAGCGACAGUGUUUGACCGAUUUUGUACGGGUUUAGUGCUUCAAGCCACGUUCGAGCAUCCGGACAGCUUCCGUGAACGCCUAGAAGAACAGUUGAAUCGAUGGCUUGAGCUUGGCCCACUCGUGGUACGUGGCAUGAAUCUGUCCACGCGAAAAGUUAUGAACGAAAGUCAUACGGGCAGCAGACGAACUAGUCAAGGCCGAAUCCAUGGUAGGGUACCUCAGUGGCACGCUUGUGGACUGCUAGUGAACGCGGAUAACAAAACUGUUGAAGUGAGUGUUUAA